AGCUCCGGCCGCCAGUGUGAUAAGUGUUGAGGCUGCCGUUCACAGCACGAGGCGCCUAGAGGAGGACAAAGGAGCAGAACGGAGCUUACAAAGUUCUCACUAGACACCAGUGGAAAACGCUGCCGAUGAAGGACUGCAAGGAACCGGCUUUCGGCAGAGCAGAAUGGCUGCGCCCGAUCUCCUGGACCCUAAGUCCGCCGUGCACAACUGCAGGCCACGCCUGUCCUUCUCCUCCGCCAAGCCGCUGGUGCUGAGCCCGCCGGUGGACGAGCUCGAGGAGCCGCCGCGCGUCAGCGUGAUGCGCUGGAAGACAGUGUCGGCCAUCUUCUGCCUGGUGGUGCUCUACCUGAUCAUGGGCGCCACGGUGUUCCGCGCGCUCGAGCAGCCUCACGAGAGCUCCCAGAAGCUCGCCAUACUCAUGGAGAAGCUCGACUUCCUCGUCCAGCACCCCUGCGUCAACUCCUCCCAGCUCGAGGACCUCGUCAAGGUCAGCAAGUGGUGGGUGGCGAUCAUCGUGAACUACCGGCGACUCCUGAAUCAGACGAGCCUCUGGGACCUCAGCUCCUCCUUCUUCUUCGCUGGGACCGUCAUCACCACCAUCGGGUUUGGGAACAUCUCCCCACACACGGAGGGCGGGCGGAUCUUCUGCAUCAUCUACGCUCUGCUGGGCAUUCCGCUCUUCGGCUUCCUGCUCGCUGGCGUUGGGGACCAGCUGGGCACCAUCUUCGGCAAGUGCAUCACCAGGGUGGAGAAGAUGAUCGUGAAGUGGAACGUCAGUCAGACGAAGAUCCGCGUCAUCUCCACAGUGAUCUUCAUCCUCUUCGGCUGCGUCCUCUUCGUCGCGCUCCCAGCGGUCAUCUUCCAGUACAUCGAGGGCUGGAGCACUCUCGAGUCCAUCUACUUCGUGGUCAUCACCCUCACCACCAUUGGCUUCGGCGACUUCGUCGCAGGUGGUUCUGAGAUCGAGUACCAGGAGUACUACAAGCCCGUGGUGUGGUUCUGGAUCCUGGUGGGCUUGGCGUACUUCGCGGCGGUGCUCAGCAUGAUCGGAGACUGGUUCCGGGUGAUCUCCAAGAAGACCAAAGAGGAGGUGGGCGAGUUCCCCGAGGUUCAGUUCAGCGGCGCCGGCGUGGACAUCUACGACCGUUUCCAGCGUGCCGCGUCCAUCAAGCGCAAGCUGUCGGCCGAGACGGGCCUGAACGCGCCCCCGGAGAUGAGCCCCGUCUCCCCGGGCAAGCGGGCGCUAUCGGCCAGCCUGGGCGGCGACCAGGACCGCGAGCGCUUCCGCAACGGCCCCCCACAGCCCGGUCACCCCCUCAGUCUCACGCGCAACGGCAGCCUCUUCCUCAACGGCCUCAGCCCCGACUACGCCCACCACAGAGACAUCUCCGACUACGCCCACCAGAGGGACAUCCCCAUCAUAGAGCACCUGAAAUGAAGAGAGAGAGAGAGAGAGAGAGAAGGACAUCCGCAUCAUCGAGUACCUAGAGGAGUUCA